UUCUCAGGAAUCGUCCUCGCGCUUCUCCUGAGAUCCCCGCGGGACGCCGAGGGGGAAGGUGCAGCCCAGCCCGCCGCCCCCGCCGCGAUGCUGCCGAAGAAGCCCGCAGGGAAGGGCGCGGCGCGGGAGCCGGGGUCCGCAGAGCCCCCCGGCCCGCCCUGCACCCGCACCGCGCCCCCAUGCGCGGCCCUCUCCUCCCUCCUGUCCGUGGCCGCGCUGGCUUCGUGUCUGUACCUCGGGGUGAAAACCUGCGACCUCCAGGCGAGGGUUGCUGCGCUGGAAUCCGCCAAAGGCGCCCCCUCCAUCCAUCUGCUGCCUGACACCCUGGAUCAGCUGAAGGCCGUGGUGCAGGAGAAAGUGGAGCGCCUUCUGGCUCAGAAAUCCUAUGAACACAUGGCUAAAAUAAGAAUCGCGAGAGAAGCACCUUCGGAGUGUAACUGCCCAGCAGGUCCUCCAGGGAAAAGGGGCAAGAGGGGCCGAAGAGGAGAAUCUGGUCCUCCUGGGCAGCCUGGUCCUCAGGGCCCUCCUGGUCCAAAAGGUGAUAAGGGAGAGCAAGGUGACCAGGGACCUCGGAUGGUGUUUCCUAAAAUCAAUCAUGGCUUUCUCUCUGCUGAUCAGCAGCUCAUUAAACGCCGCCUGAUUAAGGGUGACCAAGGGCAAGCAGGGCCUCCCGGACCCCCAGGCCCUCCAGGUCCCAGAGGGCCACCUGGGGACACCGGGAAGGACGGCCCCCGCGGGAUGCCAGGAGUGCCUGGUGAACCAGGGAAACCCGGAGAACAAGGCUUAAUGGGUCCUCUGGGGCCUCCGGGACAAAAGGGUUCUCUUGGAGCACCUGGAAUUCCAGGCAUGAAUGGGCAAAAGGGUGAGCCUGGGUUGCCCGGAGCAAUAGGACAGGAUGGGACCCCUGGACCAAAGGGAGAACCUGGAAAACAAGGAGAAAAGGGAGAUGCUGGAGAAGGUGGCCCCAAAGGUGACACAGGAGAAAAGGGUGACCCCGGAUCAUCUGCUGCAGGAAUCAAGGGAGAACCUGGAGAAUCUGGUCGCCCAGGGCAAAAGGGUGAACCAGGGCUUCCUGGGCUUCCUGGACUUCCGGGGAUCAAGGGAGAACCAGGUUUUAUUGGUCCUCAAGGGGAACCAGGCUUACCAGGGUUACCAGGGACAAAAGGUGAACGUGGUGAGACAGGGCCACCAGGAAGAGGUGAACGAGGGGAACACGGAGCCCCUGGACCAAAGGGGAAACAAGGUGAACCAGGAACUAGAGGCCCAAAGGGGUCAAAGGGUGAUCGUGGAGACAAAGGGGACGCUGGAGCUCUAGGGCCAAGGGGCCCACCGGGGCAGAAAGGCGAUCCGGGAGCUACAGAGAUCAUAGACUACAAUGGCAACCUCCACGAAGCCUUACAGAGGAUUACCACCUUAACCGUCACGGGUCCCCCUGGGCCUCCUGGACCUCAAGGACUACAAGGGCCAAAGGGUGAGCCAGGAUCUCCAGGAAUCCCAGGAGUUGAUGGAGAGCAGGGACUCAAAGGCUCAAAGGGCGACCCGGGAGACCAAGGUACACCAGGUGAAAAAGGAGGAAUCGGACUUCCUGGAUUGCCGGGCGCCAAUGGUGUGAAAGGGGAAAAGGGAGACUCCGGAUUACCAGGCCCUCAAGGUCCUUCCAUCAUAGGCCCACCAGGCCCCCCAGGUCCCCACGGUCCACCUGGCCCCAUGGGACCCCAUGGACUUCCUGGACCCAAGGGUGAACCAGGGUUAAAUGGUGUUAAAGGAUUGAAGGGUGAACCAGGUCAAAAGGGUGACAGAGGACCCCUUGGUCUUCCAGGAGCAUCUGGCUUAGACGGAAAGCCAGGAUCCCGGGGUACAGAUGGCCCUAUGGGACCCCAUGGCCCUGCUGGUCCCAAAGGAGAAAGAGGAGAAAAAGGAGCUAUGGGAGAGCCUGGACCCAGAGGGCCCUACGGCCUGCCUGGGAAAGAUGGAGAGCCUGGUCUUGAUGGCUUCCCUGGUCCACGAGGCGAGAAAGGCGACCUAGGAGAAAAGGGGGAAAAGGGAUUCCGUGGCGUUAAGGGGGAAAAAGGGGAGCCAGGCCAGCCUGGCUUGGACGGGCUGGAUGCCCCUUGCCAAUUGGGCCCAGAUGGAUUACCCAUGCCCGGCUGUUGGCAGAAGUGACGAAUCUAACUUUCCAAGCAUGAAGUUGUGUAUAUAAUGGUCCACUUUCUAUAUUUAUAGUUGAAAACCGAAUUGCAGAUUUUACGAGUCUGAGCUAUGUUUACAUAGAGCUGCUCCUUCCUGUGUGCGGUAGUACACGUCCAUCAUUUCUCCACUCACAUUUGAAAUUGGGCAAUUUAUGAAAGCAGUGAGAAGCCAGCAAAACAUAUAAAUCAGUAUCUCUUACAUGAGGAUAUGUAUUUAUGUGGACUUCAGUGAUAGAGAAUGGUUGUUCUUGCUAUUUUCUUACUUUGAGCUUGUUAAUUGCAUGGACAGAGAGCUCCAUGAAAUCGUUUACAUGAAAUUGUGACCAAAUACGGACUUGAGGCUGUGAACAUGUACUAUACCAACUGAUUGGUUUGCUGUCACUCUUCCCACUCCCCUCCCCUACUAGCAUUGGUUCACGGUCACACCUCCCACUGAAACUGACUAAAAAAAGCAUGACUGUGUGUCCCACCUGCUUGCUGUGCAAACCUAGACACUAGCAUGCUGCUUGAUGAGUCCUUCAAUUACAUCUGAGCUCUUAUUCCUUUUGUCAUCUCAAGGGGGUUACACCGUGGCUCAUUGCCAAAAAGAGAUAAGUUGGUGGAGAGCACACACAUAUGGUUGGUCUUGUAUUUUGAGGGAGCUGCAGUUCCAACUGCAGAUCUACAGCUUCUGGUGUCAUAGGCUCUCGUGGCCACCUUGGCUGAAAUGCCAAGGGGCUGAGCCAAUUGCUGCUGCCAGUUUUCCUUGGGCUGCCCUUGGCAGUGAAGACGUGAGAAGAGAAAUGGUUCAGCAUUCUGCACUGUCUCUCAUGUGACCAAGUAGGAAAGUGGUUUACAAACACAAACACCCAGAACAGCUGACUUUCUUAUUUAAUAAACUGGAUUCCAGUGAGUGUUAAUCUGGGUGCUUUUGGAAAGUGACAGAGGCCGCAGCUCAUUUUGGGACAGGAGAUCUUUGGAAUGGCCACGCUGUUCCUGAGGACAAAGGGUAUGCACGUGCCAUUGAAGCUCAGGUCGCUGAAGAAAUAAGUCUCAAGGAGAGGUUUGCCACAUGUCACCUCCUGAAGAUGCAGAGGGCUCCCUGGGACAUCUCUGCCAAAGCCAGCACGACAGCUUUCACUCCUCCUGAGAUCCAGCCAGUAGCCAACAUUUUCUACAAGUUCUCCAGAGAAACAAAGAUACAGUAUUUUCCGUUCUUUUUGAUGCUUUUUUCUUUUACUCCGAGGAAUAUUUAGAAGAUAUUUGUUUCUGUUUUUAUCAUAUCUUCUUUGAAUAAGUUUUUAGAGAAAGGUCUUCAAAAUCAUACUAACUCAGUGCCAACUGUCAAAUGACUUUUUACUAACAUCUUUCUUGUUUUAGAUAAUUGAAGAGAUCAAAAAAGCUCCAUUUUCAGCUCAAUCAUUGUAAAGCAUGAAAGUUAAGCUUUUUUUUAGUACUUUUUGACUUUUUUACAUGAUGAAUGUAAUAUACAUAGAGAUUAUCAGUUAAUAUAAAGCAAGAUUUUAUCACCUUUGAUAGCAUUAACUCAUGUCUAUUUCUUAUGAUUGCUUUUCUAAGUUUUACUAUAUUUAGAUUUCUUUCUUUUUUACAUUUCUAAGUGUUUCUCUAAUCCACAGACCAAAUCUGAGAUCUCAGAAAGCUGUGAAAUAUAGUUGCCAUAAAGAGUAUUUUUUCAUCGCUUGCUCAAAAAUUGCCUAACCAUGUUAGACUGGAAUUUAUUUGCACAGGAAAGAGUUGGCGGCAUGGUGUAAAGUGGUUUAAGUAGAAAGUUUACAUAAGGAGAAACAUGCCAAUGAGGAAGGCUACCAUGAGCACAUUCAAGAACUUAAUGUCCCUCAAUGAUUCUGUAUUGUUUUGUGAGAAAUUUGCUAGUUUUCACCCCCAGCAGGGAAAUCAGCUCACCAUUGGCUUACGGUAACAGCAGUUAAGAUAUAGUUCCACAACAAAGAUCCUAAGAUCCUUCUGUUCUUUUUCAUAUUUUGUAACCCAAUGCUCAAUGAUACAGAAAAAAAUAAUACUAAGUUUUCAAGGUUAGAGAGAUGUUUAAACUAUUAGAUCUGCCUAAUUGGUGGUAAUUCUAGUAACAUUCCAAAGCCCUAAGCCAAGUUAGCCUUUUUAAAACAAUGGAGGGCAUUUUCUAACAAUUUUUUGUAUGACAUGGUUAGGAUCAUGUAUUGCUCAGUGUCUGAAACAAUUUGUCUUAAAUGGUUUGGAAAGAUUGAACUGGAAUAGAACUGUAUUCUCUUCAGACAAACCAACUAUAAUAUAUUGAGAAAAGUCUGGUGACUAUAUUUCGUCUUCCUUACUACUCCUUAGUAGAGAGGCAUUGCAGUGGGUCACUAUUUAAAAUGUGCAAAGCCUCCAAUGAGUAUGUUACAUCAAAAGAGAAGCAUUUCACAUAUUAAAAAAAAGUUUAAACAUAGCCCCUCAAAGAUUGCUGUCCUGUGUGUGUAUUGGAAUUUUACCCUAUAGCCAGCUUUACAGCAUCAAUUUAUUCCAUGAUUAAAGGAAGCCCUAAAGUCCCAGUACAUUUAUUUCCUUGAGAAAAAUAAAGGAAUGCUGAGACUCUUCUUUGUUCAGCAGAAUUGCUAGGUCUUUGCCAACAUGGGUAAUCUUAAACUUUGGAUUAUUAAAAUAGUUUCAAACAUCCAUUUUGUCAUCAAUAUGGAGAAUCCUCAAAUAAGGUCCAAAUUAGUUAAUAAUGAAUUAUGGUUUAUACAUGUUGGUAGAUAACAUUUUUCUUAAAGAUUUCUUUCUUUUAAUGUAUACUAUAGGAUAGAGAAGUAAGAAAAUAUAUAAAAGACAGUGAAAAUGUUUUCUGAUGAAACAUCUUUAAAGAAUGCAAACCAUUGUAUGUUUUAGCUUUAAAAUUUCUUUUCCAUUCCUAUUCAUUGGUGCUAAUAUAUUUCUUUUGUUUUUUUCCUUAUGGACAAUGCAACUCUACUAUGGAUAAUUUCAUUUCUCUAAUUGCAUUCCUAACCUAUUUGUGUGUGAUUUUAUUUUUAAAGUUCAUGAAUUUGCUAUAGUUAUGGUUCAAUGACCAGCCUUUCUUAAUGUAAAAUGGUGUGCCUACAGAUGAUAUGUUUUUACUUGGAUGGUGGAUCCCCUUACUUCCUGUUCAUUUCAUGCAUCAUAGCCUUUAUCAGCAUUUAUUCAGCUCAUCUUUUAGCUUGUAGAAUUUUAUUGAAAUUGACACAAACUAUGUUUGAGAAGUCUGCACACUUCGCAUAGAGUACCUGGUGUGUAACACACCUAAACUAUUCUUCCAGUUUUCAUUAUCAAAAGUGGUCCUGGAGGGUUUUUCUUCUGAUUUUGUAGAGAACAUUAGAAUAUCUAUCAUUUCUCUGAGUAGAAAUGUCUCGUUUUUGAACUUACAGUGUGUGCAUAUAGUGUUCUACUAGGACAGAAGAAACUUAUUCAAGUGGUUUAUACUACACAUCCUUUGCCUACAAAUGUGUGCAUGUGUACAUCUGCUACUUUGGAAAAUGGUCACAACCAAAUGUCCAUACCUCUAGGAAAAUUCUCUUUGGUAUCUUGUAUUUUUUCACUUAGGAAAAGUGCUCAAUUUUCAAGUUUUAAAAAUUUUACUAUUGAAGCAUAAAAAGUUAUUUUUCUUUAUCCUUUUUCUCCUUUGCUAUAUAUAGUAUCACCUUACCUAGAAUUCUUUUUUUCUUUUAUUUCUUUUUUUUUUUUUUUUGGUACUGGGAAUCAAACUCAGGACCUUGUGCUUGCCAGGCAGGUGCUGUGCUGCUGACCUAUACCCCUGGCCCAGCAUUUCUAUUUCUCUGGGGAUGUUUUAACAUCUUCUAAUAAAUGAUCCUAAGCAACAUGGAGAUGCUGAUGCUUGAAACAUUAGCAAGAAAUGAAAAUCAAUGAUUUUAAUAUAUAACACUACCAAAAAUUAGACUUUCUAAUCUCUGCAAACAAAGACUUGAUAUCUCUAGGAAGUCAAGGUGAAAGGAAUCUUAUCUUUCCAAAAAUAAUAGGAUCCCAUUGGAUUCUGGCUGUUUAAAAAAAAAUUUCACAGCCCUAGUAGAAUUUCCAUGUUUGUUCAGUUAUAAUUCUGCCAAUUGUUUUAGAAUAUAAAAAUUUUCAGCCUUUACUUUCCAUUUUUCUUCAUAUAUUAGCUCGAUUUGUUACAUGCCAGAAGAGAUACUCCUCCAACUUAAAUUUUUAGUGAUUUUAGUUUUUUGCUAGUCCAAUCUUAGUACAGUAUUUUUUUUCAUUAAAGCUAUAUUAAGUGCAUAAACUGCCUAUGCUGCUUAUUAACAGAAUACUCUUGGAAAUAGGAAGACUUCUUCAAUCUUACUUAUGUUUGAUUUAUUGACAAAAGAAGUACCAACAUUUCCCAAAAUACAUUUGAUAGUCUCACAUAUCUCAGAAAUAUUAACAAAUUGGAUUCACAAAAGAAUGUCUUACAUAUUGUUGACAUUUAUGUGAAUAUACUUUAUACUGUUGUAAAUGUUUCAUUCAACUUAACAUUUUUAAAGAUGUAUGUAUCUGAUUUCUCUUUAGGAAAUAUUAUAUUUUUGUGUUUUUUACAUUUUAAAGUUCAUCUUUAUGUGCAGCUAUUUUUAUAUUGCAAAAAGUUUCACAUAAAUACAAACUAAGAGGAAAAUGAAAAAAAAAAAAGGCAAGCAUUACAGAGUGGUCGUCUUUAAAAUGUUUUGUGGGCCAGUCUCAUGUAAUUGAUUUUCUGAGAAUGUGUUGUGUCUUAUCAGUGUAAAUGUGGCACAACCCUGAUUAUCUCAGUCGUGUACAUAUUUGAAAGACUGAAUUCUCCCUGAUUGAUUUCUUAUUUCAGUUUCAUUGUCAUUGCUCCAAGUGACAUUACUGCAUCAAAAGGCUCGUGAAGUUUUUUGAUUUGCAGUUUGGAAAUAAUUGCAUGGUGUUCCAUUUCUAAUUUGUUUUUAUUUACUUUUUAAACUUAUUUUCAGGGUUCCUAGUUUGUGAGAAGUUGAUCUUCAGAAUUAUUUUUACACUAUUUAUGACUUAUUUUCAUAAUGUAAAAAGUGUGUAAUUAUGACAGUAUUAAUCCAAUGAUAAUGAAUUGUAUUGUUAUAAAGCUUUAUUGAUGUUCAUGAAAA